AUGCCGCCUCGACGAAGGGCUCCUACUGUCAGAACACCGUCCUUGGAAGACUACCUCCAAUACGGGAAGCACCAGAAAUACAGCUCUCAGGUCCUGUAUGCUCACAUGCUCACCGCUCCCAGCCUAUACAAGGCACUCGGGGCUCCAGAAGGUGCCGGUCAGCCCGAGCCAGACAUCUACGGCCCCGGCUUGUACAUCAACAGCAACUCAGAGCAGAUCGGACGCGACGAGUACAUCCCCUUUCUCUUCGCGCAACUCAAGGACCCCCGCUUCCCCGUCUUCGGCAUGCACAUCUGGGACCAAAACUGGCUCGAGGCAAGGAACCCCCCCGUCUUGAUCAACGCGCUCUGCUCGUUCCCCAACGUCUGCGUCCUGAAUUUACAAAGCAUCGAGUGCAGCGAGGAUCAGUUCAUUUCCGUCGUCAGGUCUUACCCCAACCUCGCGAACUUGGAUACUGAAGAGAUCAAGAUUCGAGAGUACGAGUCGGGUAGCAGCGCGCAUGCAGACCCUGUGGAGGCCACAUCUGUCAGCGCUAGCGUGAUUCGUGACGGGCAGCGAGGGCCGGAGAUCCAGCAAAUCUCCAUAUACGUCGACAACACUACUGGAUGGGUCUUCCUCGAUCUUUUCGCCAGUCGUCGUUCGCCAGUUGCGUUGCGCAACCUGACCAAGCUGACCCUCCGACACAACUCGGAUGUCAUAUGCAACGACGCGAACUUGGUUCGCCGACUGUCCUGUUUUAUCAGGCUGUGUCCCAACCUCUGGGAGAUUGACAUCGACCAUUUCAAUAUUGGCAAGUCCAUGUUCACUCGUCUAGAGCCACUCGACCUCGGCGACACUAUCCAUCAUGUUCAUUUCUGCCUCUUCAUCGCCGGCAACUUCGAGACGAACAUGACGAUCGACUGGUGGGCCUCCACUCUCAGCCAGCUCAGACGUCCACGCCAUCUCACCAAGGUGACUAUUGAAGUUGAAGUCGAUAUCGAAAACAUUCCCCGUGAAGUGUGGAAUAAGUUUCCGACCCGCAGUGCUCCUGGUUGGGCAGCUCUUGACCACGCUCUCACUCGGCCUCACUUCAAAGCGUACGAGAUUCACCUGCAGACGGUCGAGUCUACAGCAUCUCGAGCGGGUUUCAGUAUGAGCAUGAUGUCGAUGUGGCUCGGCCAAGUGUGUCUCCCCAAGAGUAAAAAGAAGUACGGAAGGAAGUUCGUCGGUUAG